AUGCUUCGCCCGGUGGCACGCUUGAAAGAGGAUUUGCCACGUCACCUGGCAAUCGACAUGGGCCAUCCUUGGAUCUACGAUGAUGAAGUGAACAACAUCGCUGACUUGAACGGGAUCGAUGCUGGCACAUUGGUGGACAUCCUGCGCUCGGACGGCGAAGCGGUAGGGGUCGGAGUGCUCAACAGGCAGGCCUCGAUUGUGCUGCGUCGGAUGGACGAUCUGUCUCCGGGCACGGAGGUGACUCAGGACAUUCUUCAAGUACGUCUCCGGAGAGCCUUCGCAGCGCGCGAGGCACGGCUUGGAGGUGGCUCGGCCUUCUGCCGUGCCGUGCAUGGCGAACAGGACGGACUUCCAGGUGUCAUUGUCGACCGUUUUGGCAAGUCAGCCGUCGUGAUCUUUGAAUCAGUCGGAUCGGCAAAGUUGGAGCUGGUAGUACAAGAAGAGCUCACACGCUGGAUGGGAAAGCUUCAACAGAUGACAGUACACCGAAUGACUGCAAAAAAAGAGAAAUGGGCACAAGAGGGCUCGGAGUUCACCACAAGCAUUACGCGGGGAGAUAGUUCACGAGUCCGGGUAGAGGAGGGCACUGGCAGCAGCUUUGUUCGUUUCGACGUUGACGUUCUGCAGGGUAUUCUCAUGGGCCACUGGAACUACGGACUGGAAAAGAUGCGGAGAGAAUUGACAGCGUCCUUUGGGAAAGGUACUGUGUUGGAUGCCUGGGCACAAGCAGGGCAGUGGGGCAUCAGAUGUGCCAAGGCUGGUGCGGAAGAGGUGGUGCUUCUAGAAGACACCCUCGGACUUGCCAAGCUUUGCCGAGAAAACGCAAUCCUGAACGGUGUGGAAGAGCAGUGCACUGUCCUUCACCGUGGAGACGUGGCUGGAGAACUUCGGAAUAUGGCAACAAGUGGCAUACGUUUCAACUGCGUCUCUCUCAAUAUCCGAGUACGUUUCGAGCGCUACUUCAAGCACCAAAAGGGCCAGUUUGGCAAGUGGUACAAGCCAAGCCUAAAAGGAUAUGAGAGGGCCAUUGCUUUGGGAGCCAUGGUGACUUCGCGAAGCGGAUAUUUAGUUGUGACGUUCCUUUUGCCGCUGACGACCGAGUACUGGGCGCUUUACCUGGUGCAAGGAGCCUUGGAAAGAGCAUCUCGAAUUGGAAGCAUUGUUUACUACUCCACGGACAUCAACGAGGACUCUGCCAUGCCCUCUUCAACCAUGGAUGAGUUCUGGAGCCACGUGCUGAUCUGCGUGAAGAUGUCGUAA